AUGGAUUCAUUUACCCAGUGCCAGGGCUCAAUGAUUGGAGGAAUUGCUAAUUUCCCAAGGAUGGAGGAAGAGGGUUGUUCACUUCGUCAUUGGGUGUCUUCGCAUUAUACAUCAGUCUUUGUCCGUGCCGCAUUGCGACUCACCGGUCAUCGCUACAACUUCAAGCUCACCCACUUCCCCUGUGGCUCUGAGAACCGUCUUUGUCGUUCUCAUGCUCACACGCAACCUACCUCCACUGCACCCAUCCGCCUCGAAUUCGACCCCUCCAUGCCAAUCAAGGCAUCCGACUAUGUAUUCCCGCCUUCGCCAACCACUAUCCUGGGUCGGUCUUGGGGUAUAGGUAACGAGCAGUGGAAGUCGAAAGUACUAAAAGUAUACCCUAUCGGUCGCUCCGUGGCGCGUCGUAAGGGGAGCGAAGCCCUUAAAUACGAUUACGACGAGUAUGUCGUCGUUGUUGGAUUUGCUGGUGCCUGCGCCGUUGAUGCCCCCUGUACAAGUACAAGCGAAUCACAAACCACCGUCCGUGGUGCCCCUUCACCAGGACGAUUCGAUGCAGCCUUCGUCUUCUUCGUUUCUUCGUUAACUCUUUCUGUUCCCGCCUCAGCUCUUCCGUCCCCUAAAACCCACAAGACAAAGACAAAGACACAGCUCCACUUCUGCAACUACAAGCACACCAACACCAGGUCCAUCCAUCUACGCGCCCAGUCGUUCUCGAGCCAAUCCAAAAGCUCAACCCAAACCCGACCCAUCCCCAACCUGUUGAUUUUGCCGACCUUUGUUGUGACUAGCGAUAGAUGGACGGGAGAGCUGUUACGUCGUUUGAACACGACUGACUCGCCGACGUUCCACGGCCAUGGGACCUCGCCUCCUCAUAAAUACUUCACCUUGAAUGUGAAGAGCGGAUACGGGGCCAAGGUGACUGGGUACGACAGGCCUGAAACAACAACUCCCCUUCGACUCUGCACCUUCGACCUAAUAAGAAUGUCAUGCGUCACACUCUGCGUACCCACAGACUCAUGGGCACAGGUAUUCGAAAAAGUCUAUCGCGUACUCGCGUACUCGCCCCAGGUGGACGAUCGAAGAUACCAUCAUCUUCCCGCCCCAACCAAAGUUAAACGCUAUGGCCUACUUUGUGGUGUGGCGCUUGGUCAAUUGCACGUGUCCUCCACGGAGAGAUUUUACUCGUUUACACUGUACGGAGGUAAUAGUUAG